UGCAGUAGCAGUGGCACACAUCUAAACCCUUGGCGUUGAAAGUGCUCCUUCUGUUUCAGUGUAAGAGUGAUGAUGGAAAACCACCACAAAAUGCAACAACACCGUCGUCAAAUCACCUUACUUGGAUCCACCAAUCUCGAUCUAGAUUCUACAACCGUCAACACCAUCAAAGAACUUGAUUUUUUCUCAUCAACUUCACCGUCCAACAACACUCAUACCGAUAACCUCCAUCAUCUCCCUUCAAACAUUCCUAAAGACAACGGAUCACAACCUCUUUUCACUGAUCACUUCGUAAAUACCACUCUGAAUUUAAUGUGUCCGAGUCAGAGUGACGAACUGUCAAAAUCAGCAGCAAUUGAUCAAAAUCUUAAAUCUCCGCUGAAUACGCUCCAAAAGGAAUUUCUGAGACUGCAAGAAGAGAACUACAGG